AUGGAUUAAUUUUAAUUAUUGAAAUUAUUAUCAGGAUCAAUUGAUUAAUAGGAUUUCAUUCGAAAUGAAUCACUGUAAAAGUUGGAUUAGACCUUUUAGAAUUUAAAUGACAUGAAUUCAUUAUUUAAUUUAAUUAUUGAAAAGAAUCAAUUAGCUGAAAUUUAUUUGAAUUAUUGGCUAAAAAAUCACAUUGAAAACUUAGACUUAAAUUAAUAUUAAUAACUCAGAGCUAUCAUUACUUAAAUAUAUAGUGAAAAAAAUAACAAAAGUAUACAAAUAAGAAAAGCAUUGCGAUCCAUAUUAAUUAAAGAAAAAAAAGAUCUCGAAUUAGUAUAAUGGAUAAUUAACCAAAAGGAUAUUGAAUUAUUAUAUUACUUAUUAAAAGAGUUAUUUAAAGAUGAAGGUGAUACUUAAAGAGUUUAAUAUUUAUGUGAACAAGCUUAAUCCAUGAUUAGUGAUAAUGCUUUAGAAAUAUCAUUAAAAUUGAUAAUUUUAUCUUAAAAAAUAAUAAAAAAUACUGCAAGUCAUGAAUUUGAAAAGUAUUUAAAGGAAUUAGAAUAACAGGUCUAUAAUAACAACUUCAGAGCUAUAUAUUUAAUAUAAAAAAUAAUUUUAAGCAAAUUAAUUUAUAAUAAGAAUUUUUCAUUAGAAUCUUUAAGUUAAUUGCUAUUAGUAUUGAAUAAAAUAUAUUUUACUAAUUAAAAUUUAAAAUAGAUAUAACUAGAGUUUGUUUCAGAAUAAUAAUUUAAAAAUGAUAUUUAAAAUUUGAAAGAUCUUCCUAACUAAUAAAAUAAAUUAGUAUUACAAGUUUUAAAGAUUCUUAAAUUGUUAUUAUAAAAUCAUACAUUUGAUCCUCUAUAGGCUUUAGAGUAAGUAAAUUAAAAUGGAUUAGAAUUUGAAUUAGUAUUAUUUGAAGGUUAUUUCAGUAAUAUUUUAAAGUUCUUGAUUCAAUAUGCUUUAAUCUUAAGUCCAGGAUAAGUAUAUGAUAUUUAUUAUGAUUAAGAAGAGGCAUAUGCUGAAAAUAAUAAUUCAUCAUAUGAAAUCAGAGAUACAGCUAUUGAUUUUUUAAUUGCUUCCCUUUAAAGCCAUAAAGCAGAUGAUGUUAUUUAAAUUAUGAAUGAAUAAUUUUAAUAAACACCAGAACUAAAGAGUUUUUAAAAUGUGAUAUAGAAAGAAGCGAUAUAUUAUUUAAUUAGAAAUGUAAUGCUUGAUAUGCAAUUUGAUAUGGACUAAUAUAUUGUAUAAUUUUAAUAAGAAUUAUAAUCUGCAGAUGGUUUAUUUGAUCCAUUAAAAAUAUAAAUCUUAUAAAUAUUCAUAAGGUAUCUCAAAUAUAAUGAAUAAAUACCAGAAGAUAUAUCAUAGAUCAUCAUUCAUAUAAUUUUAACACUAUAAACUACAAAUAAAUGUAUUCUUCUUUUGUAGAUUGAAUGUUUGAAUCAACUAAUUGAAAUUAUAGAUUAGCCAAGUAAAUUUUGGCCAAAUAUACAAUCAAUUUAUGCCAGUUUUAAAAAUUAGGAGAGCAAAAUAUGUAUUUUUAAUUUUUAUGCAUAAUUAACUAAGAAGGACUCGUUUUAAGAUCACUCUUGGAUUAUAAAGUAAUUUUAUUAAGAGUGGUAAGAUAAUAAUUUAAAUAUUUAAGAGAAGAUUAUUGAAACCUUGAUUGAAAUAAUUUAUAGAAAUGAUUAACUGGCAUAACAUAUAGAUAUCUGUGUAUUUAUAAUUUAACAGAUAUUUAAUUAAAAAUAAUAAAUUUUAAUAGAAAUCGGAACAGAACUAUUAUUAAUGUUUUUAAGCAAAUGUUAGGUAUUGAAUAUAUAAAUAUCAAAUGAAUUUGCAAUUUUUAUAUCAAAUACAAUGAAAACUUAAUUAAUUUAAUAAAGUGAGUUUUGGAUUCAAUGUAUUCUAAUAUAGACAUUCCUAUUGUACUUAAAGAAUUAUGAUGAUUAAUUAAUGAGGGAAACAUUAUUUAUGUAAGUUUAGUAAUUUUCAGAAAUUAAGGAUGAAGCAUAUGAACAUAUUUUCAUACCAUUAAAUAUUUAUAUUUAAGUAGCAUAAUAGUCUCAUAAAGAUUUUGGACUGAGUAUUUUGAAUUAUUUAAUUCAUCAGUCUUUAAGUCCAAUGUAAUUGAUAAAAUUAGGGAAUUUUGUGUCCUUGAUUAAUGAGAUAGUUUUAGAAGAUUAAAUAAAUUCUUAGAUAUUAUAAGUUCAUCUUUAGUAGAAGAAAUUUUAAUUGGAAUAUUUUAAAAACUUCUUAAUUUUAUUAUAAAGAUCUAAUUCUUAGUUUAUGUAGUAUUGUUAAUAAAUAUUUGAAGAAUAAUAAAGAAAGGGUAUUGAAUAGAAUAAACAUUAUAUUAUAAGUGAAUUAAGGCCUUUACUUGGUAAUCGUAGAUUAAGAUUAUAAUGA